GUUCCUAAGUGGAAUUGGGGAGGCCACAGAGAUGAACUGGGAUCUCCUGUUUGGAGUCUAAUGUUUUGAAAUCGGGACUCCGUGCUGGAUGUUGAAGAGGAUCUGUGAUUGGAAGUCCCAGCAUGGGAAACCGGGGUCCAGAACCUCUGGCCCCGCAGGGCGCCCCCUGCCUCUGAGGAUGAGUCACUGCAGCAGCCGCGCCCUGACCCUGCUGAGCAGCGUGUUUGGUGCGUGUGGCUUGCUCCUGGUAGGCAUCGCGGUCAGCACUGACUACUGGCUGUACAUGGAAGAAGGCACAGUGCUACCGCAGAACCAGACCACCGAAGUCAAGAUGGCCCUGCACGCCGGCCUCUGGCGAGUCUGCUUCUUUGCAGGUCGGGAGAAAGGUCGCUGUGUGGCCUCAGAAUAUUUUCUUGAACCGGAGAUCAAUUUGGUGACGGAAAACACGGAGAAUAUUCUGAAGACAGUGCGCACGGCCACCCCCUUCCCCAUGGUCAGCCUCUUCCUCGUGUUCACAGCCUUCGUCAUCAGCAACAUCGGCCACAUCCGCCCGCAGAGGACCAUUCUGGCUUUUGUCUCUGGCAUCUUCUUCAUACUAUCAGGGGGCCGGCGUGAUGUCCGUGUACCUGUUCACCAAGCGCUACGCGGAGGAGGAGAUGUACCGUCCACACCCGGCCUUCUACCGCCCGCGUCUCAGCGACUGCUCCGACUACUCGGGCCAGUUCCUGCAGCCCGAGGCGUGGCGCCGCGGCCGGAGCCCCUCCGACAUCUCCAGCGACGUGUCCAUCCAAAUGACGCAGAACUACCCUCCCGCCAUCAAGUACCCGGACCACCUGCACAUCUCCACCUCGCCCUGCUGAGGCCCGCCCCUCGGAGCUCCCCCUGCCUCCUCCUCCUCCUCGUCUUAGGGGGUCUCCCUGCAAUGCAGCGCCCCCUUCCGUCCUCGGGACUCCUCGCUCCCACCCGGAGGAGGCUGCGCCAGCUUUAGGCCCCGCCCUCUUCCCAAUGGCUCCGCCCACAGACUCCCUUAUUUCAAUGGCCGCGCCCCCUUUUCCCGACCUCUCCUUUUCAUUGGUCCCUCUCACUCCCAAAUGACUCCUCCCCUUAGUUGUCCCGCCCCCUUUCCUCUGGCCCCUCCUCUCCAAGAAAAUUAGCUCCUCCCUCGUUCUCCACCUGCUCUGAGCUGGGAGCAGCCAGAGGCGGUGCAAGCGCCCAGCUCCCCAGAGCUCCCCAACCUCGGACCUCACCGCAGCGGCGCUGGGCUGGAGAGCAGGUUCGGGCAGCCGCCGGGAAUACCGACCAUCCUCUUCUCCCUUCUGCCCUGGGCUUCCUUCUUCCCUGCCUAAUCUCACCUCCUGACCUGCUGGGUCCUCCGGCGCAGUGGGAGGGCCGGCUUGCUCCACCCGCAGCCCCGGGGUGGCGUAGGGAAGGGGGCUGGAAGCCACGGGUACGGUUAACCUGGCCCUUCCCUCCCCAUCUCCCCUACUUCCCUGGAAGGUCCCAUUCUUUCUCACCGGCUGGGCUCUUUUCUGCUUCCUGAAGGUUACCUGCCUUUUAGGGGGCUCUUGUCUAAAGGAUCUUCUUGCUUUCUCAGCUAUCCUUGGCUUCUUUUUCGUCUUCCUCCGCCUUUAACUCUUUCUCUCCUUUCCUCCCUUCACCCGCUCGUCCCAAGCCCUUGGGUGCAUCCCGCCCUAGGCGCACACCAGACGGCCAGAAUGGGGACCCUAGGGUGGAGGGAAUUCCCCCACGCCAUCUCCGCACCUGUGCCCGCCUCUCCCCCCUCGAGGCCCCGUCGAGGGAGGGAGGGGCAGUAGCGGGGGUCAACCCCCCCAAACCUCUAAGUCUUCCAUUUGCUGGCUCUCCUCCUCAUUGACGUCCCUCUUCCCCCCUCAGAACCCCAACUCUGGCCUCUUUCAAGGGCCCGUCCGCCCCGUUGGACAGAUUUUGGGGGGAGAGGAGGUCACCAGGAACUCGCCCACCCCCCCUUAUUAGGGAAAGAGGGGCGAGGUAGCACAGUGCUGUACACGGAACCAGAAUGGCCCCCGGGGUGGGGGGAGGGGGGCAGGGAGGGACGGGGGCUUUUAGUUUGCAUCUUAGGUGGGAGGGGGGAGGGGGGACCCGCCGCAGUUAACCUGACUUUACGCAGCGAUUUUUAACGAGGCUGGGGGGAGGGGGGCACUGGGGUGGGGACAGGGUGGGGUGGGGGGCCUGGCUCUGUUAUUUACCGUGUAUCAUAUGUAAAUAUCGACAGAAACUUCAAUAAACUUUAUUUCAAACACGUCUCCGCCUGCCCGGAGGGAAGGGAUUGGAUAGAGGGGGCUUAGUCUAGCUCUCUGCUUCUAGGGUUGCAGGCCUAAAGUACUGCAGAAUAACGUUAGAUGGGUCGUUGUUAAAUGACUUAAUCAUCAUAAUUAUCAACGGCAGCGCUUUAUACUUCAGUCCGUGUAAAGCAUGCAGGACCGUAAAUGAUACUGGUCAGGAUCAAUAAACGCUUUCUCCUGGUA